UAUAAACUAAGCUUGCAACAAAAAAUGAGUAAUUUCCACAUAACAGUUAUUGAAUCAUUUGCUUUCCUAUGGAAACUGUCAUUAUGGUUUUGUGUUGCUGAUUUAAAAUCGGAAGCUUUUAUAACUGAAAACGAUAAAUGGAUUGCCCUAGACUCACAUAACAAAUUGCGCUCAAUGCAUUACGCUGAUGCGUUACUUUGGAGCAAUCAGCUUGAAAAAGCUGCUGAAGAUCGAGUUUCUGCAUUACUAUUUCAAAAUCAAAAUAUGGAAAGUCAAUUGGUUGCAUCUAAAUCUAAUAAUGAAAACAGUUUUGUAUCUAAUACCCAUGUUGGUGUUUCCAAGGUGAUCAAAUAUUGGUACAAAAAAGGCGAAAACUACACUUAUAACGAAAACGAUCACAGCGCCCCAUCGUUUACACAAAUAAUAUGGAAGGAUACAAAAUAUGUUGGUUGUGCAGCUAAUAGCAAUGAUCAAAACUAUGUUGUCAUUUGUUAUUACGAGCCUCCUGGAAACAACGAUAACAUUUUUCAAAGAAAUGUUUUUCCACCAAUGGCUCCAGUUGUGAUUGAAGAAUCGGAAGAUGAAAUUUAUCCGUUUUUAACGAAAAAAAUUAUAAGAAAACGCUAUAACCAAAAACAGAUUGCGAAAUAAUACUUAUCUGACUGAAACAAUUAUUUUUAAAAAGAAAUUUUUUUUUU